AUUUUCUCUCAUGAGCUCACUCUGCAGAAAGCCCAGCUCCCCAAAUCUCGCGGUGUUUGGUGAGCUCGCGUUUAUAUCUUGGAGAGGGAAAGACAGCGCUCGCAUCAGACGGAGGCUGCUCAGCUGACGCGGCGCUGCUUCUCUAACGGAAGGGGCUGCAGCAGUGAGCGCUGAAUCUAUGGAUGGCACUGCACCAACAUCAUGACAACCUGCCUCAACCUCCACCUAGCAUCUUUGUGUCGCUAUGGUGACAGGCAGUACCAAACCUUGACUUUGUUGUCAUGGUGACUGCGUAGCACGAACACCCUUUAAUCCCAUUGUUCACAUAAAGCCUGGCCGGGUAACAGGUCCCAAUCUGCUGCCAUGGCGACGCCGUAGAGAUGCCCCACCAAGACAAUUGUGUUGCUAUGGUGACCCUGUAGCUCGCACAUCUGUUAGUCGCCAUGGGAACAUCCAAGAUGCUGCGUGUGUUUGUUGUCUUGGGCUCGCUCUUCAUGAUCCUCUUCAUCAUUAUCUACUGGGACGAUGUUGGAGCGUCUUAUCUGUAUUUGCACACUCACGUCUCGCCUGGGCCCAAGACCUCCGUGCCGCCUCCACAACAGAAGCCCAAAACUUCUCAGAUGCCCUCUUUUCUCUCAGACAUCGAUGCCUUUGUCAACCAGUUUUUGGAACCAGGAAGUGAUGAGCCCACGGACCCUGCCCCUGCUGAUACGGGUAACCAAUCAGAGAAAGCCGAGGAGCGUUACAUACCGCGACAAGAGUGGAAGGUCCACUUGACCCCAAUAGCACCUGAGCUCCGGGAGAGACAGGAACAGAGGCGCAGGAUGCUUCAAGAAUUCUGCUCCAACGACAGCCUGACAUUUCCGGGCAAAAACCGCUCCUUUGACGACAUUCCAAACCAAGAACUCAAUCAUCUUAUUGUUGAUGACAGGCACGGCAUUAUCUACUGCUAUGUUCCCAAGGUAGCGUGCAGUAACUGGAAGCGCAUCAUGAUCGUGUUGAGUGAGAGUCUGCUCCAUGAUGGGGUCCCGCAGAGAGACCCCCAGGCCGUCCCCGGGGAGCUGGUGCACAACAGCAGCAUGCACUUCACCUUCAACCGCUUCUGGAAACGAUACGGCAAAUUCGCAAAGCAUCUCAUGAAGGUGAAGCUUAAAAAGUACACCAAGUUCCUCUUUGUGCGGGACCCUUUUGUGCGCCUCAUCUCAGCUUACAGGAAUAAAUUUGAGCUUAGCAAUGAGCAGUUUUACCAGCGUUUCGGACAAGUCAUACUACGGCGCUUUGCUAACCAGCCCACCCCCCCUGCACACGCUGACGAGGCCUUCUCUCAGGGCAUCCAUCCCUCCUUCGCGCACUUUGUGCACUACCUGCUGGACCCUCAGACAGAAAAGGACCAGCCCUUUAAUGAGCACUGGAGACAGGUGUACCGGCUGUGCCACCCAUGCCAGAUCCAGUAUGACUUUGUGGGACACUUGGAGACGGCCGAGGAGGAUGCCGAGCACCUCCUGAGGCUGCUCAAAGUGGACAAUGUCGUGGAGUUUCCCAUUACACCUCGAAACGUUACUAACAGCAGCUGGGAGACAGACUGGUUCCGCACAGUGCCCCUAGAGGCCCGAAGGAAACUGUACAAGCUUUAUGAACCUGAUUUCAGGCUUUUUGGCUAUGACCGACCGGAUUCGAUACUCAAUGAGUGAUUCUGCAACGUUUACUGCUCGGAUAAAAUUAAAAAUUAAGUAUUUUAUAUUUUCUGCAACAGUGACACUUCAACAAAACAAUGUUACUUAGCUGGGGUCAUUUAAGGACACACACUUUAAUUCUGAACCACUUACAACGCAAAGUUUUGUAUUUAAAAGUUAGAACACAGUGUGAUUUAACUUCCAUAUUCAUUUCAAAACACUUAAGCUGUAUUUGUUGUAAAACAUAACUCCACAAUAACUUUAUGAGCAUAGCAAAGAAUCAUUUCUGAAACCUUAUUUCCAAUCUUGAAACUUUUAGUGAACAGCAGAAAACAGUAUUUGCAACAGUAUUACCACAUUUACAUACAUUAUAUCUUGAAACAUUUUGAACAGAAAUUUAGUUGGAAUACACAGAGAAAGAUCUGAUGAAAUUUAAUUUUAGUCUACAAAACAUUUCAUUUCCUUGUAGCAUUUAGCUGAUGUAGCACAAAAUGUAAUCAAAAACAGAUGAAAUGUUCAUUGGCUGCCAAUGUACAUUCAGUAUUUUUGAUUUACAACUAUUGAAAAGGGUCUAUUCUGCCAGUCUAAUCAUCAACUUGUCAGCUAUUCUUUUUAACACUCAUAACUCUCAUAAAGCAACUAUGAGACAGAAACAAGGUCAAAUCUGUAUCAGAAAACCGAGCACUUUGUGCCAAACUGAAUCAUGACAGUAAAUUUAAAACAGCUGGUUAUGUGUAAGUGAAGAGAGCAGGAGGUGAGUGUCCUGCCUCAGGCGCUAAUGUCGUGCCUGUCCCUUUAAAUAUCACAUGGAGUCUGACUGUAACAGUAUGAAGGAUAAAACACAUGACACAUAGCUCCAGCUGCUGAACUGUUCAUACAUGAUGCUGUUCUAACAGUGGGAACUGUAGUUGCACUAAAACAUCUUAUUUAUUUCACAUGUGCAAUGAUUACCCUGAGCACAAAAGGGUCUCUGGUAUUUUUACUUUUUACAGUGAACUGUAUCAGAACAUGUUUUACCACAACAAACCUGGUGAUGUAUUGAGCCCAAUACAUGUGGUUUGUGCAUGAAGAGGAGAUACUAUGACUAGUGUAGUUUUUACAGCUUGCUUUAAUGGGAACAUUUCAGAGCAUGACAUGAAUGCCACAUUGUAGCGUCAUCUUUUAGUAGCUCCAGCAAAGACUGCUGCCGCUGGAUUUGUCUGAGCUUGUUUUCAAUGUGUAAAACUGAGUUUUUACAUUUUUCUUGGGUUUAUCUCAGCUGGAAAACCACAGCAAAUCCCCACAGACUAAAGGAACAUAUUCAGUUGUUGUUUUUUUCAUAGAAUACAUCUUUUAACAGUAAAGGGUACCACUGGAGACUGCAACAGUGUUUUUUUAUCAUCAAUUUUACAUAAAAAGGGUGUAUUUUUACUGAAAAAAGUGUUUUCGAGUAUGUGCAAUGCUACUGUGUUGUAAUGUAAUCACUCCAAUAGAAUAGAUUUAAACUAGCACUUAAAACAUAAAGGAACAGUUAAAGUUGAUGUUGAUAGAAAACUUGCCUCUGUUUCAUGAAAAGUCUCAUAUCACACAGGUUUGCAGUGGGCCGUACGGUCAGACAAUGGACAGAUAAAGGAAGUGCCUUUGGAUGCAAAAGUUUACAUAGGAUAAAGUAUUUUUGUAGGAGGACUUUGUUUUUACUCUGUACAGUGACUACUGUAUCAACCACAGGAGGUGUUUGAUCCAUGGGCCUUGUGGUUACAAAAAUAGAAGAACAUUUCCUUUAGUUUUGUAGUGUUUAUUGUUGUUGGACAUGUACUGUAUCUGAUGUCAGACGCCUUGUACCAUGGCCCACCUGUUCUCCUGGUAACACUGUCGUCUCUAUGCCUUUUGUUAAUUUUGUGUAAAGCGUGACAAAUUUACGCCAUUUAAAUGUAAUGAUCCCAAAAGAUGAAUGCAGAAUCUUUUUCAUUUGCACCUCAUCUGCAUUUGUUUUUCAUUUCUGAUUUUCAUUUUUUGUUUUGUCUGUUCUUAUCACAUAUCUGCCUAAUAUUUCAAACCACAUAAACAGUUUCUUAGUAAUUUAUUGCAAGACAAAAAAAUAUCUGCUUUAUUUUGCUGCUAUUGACAAAGGGAAAAUGUCCUGAAUCAUGAAAUGCACAUUUGAAUGUUUUGUCAUUUCUGAAGUGACCAAUGUCAUAGCUGGAAAAUAUCCUUUACACUUAUCGAACAGUCUUUUUCAUCUGGUAUAUUUGUAUUUUGUGGUUUUGCAUCAAGGAGAAAUAAAGGUUGUGGGCAUGAUGGAAGAAAA